GACGAAGAAAAUUAUCACCAAAUUCUUAGUCAUCGGCGAAAGGCAGUGCCUGAUUUCAAAGCACAACAACAUCUCUGCGCCUAAAUAAUUCAUAUUUGCCUCUGAACUACAACUUCCUCGAGUUUCAGCAGCAGGUUGUUUUAUCACUUUUAACCUCCUUUUGUACGAGAUUCUAAAUCAUCGAAACUAUCAAACCCUCCUUCCCUCCUUCCGAUUUGAAUAUUGAAUACACACAAAAAUGGGAGAUUCUCUUCCAUACACCUGCAACGCAUGCCUGGUGGCGUUCCGUACUAGCGAUGCUCAAAGGGAACACAUGCGCCGAGAUUGGCAUUUGUACAAUGUCAAGCGACGAGUUGCAUCUCUACCUCCUGUAUCGCAAGAAGUCUUCACCGAGAAAGUUUUGACUGCCAGGGUCACCACCUCAGCCGCCGCGGCGAAAGCCUCAUUCGAGAAGACAUGUGAAGCAUGCCAGAAGUCGUUUUAUAGUGAAAACUCGUAUCAGAACCAUCUACAGAGCUCCAAACAUAAGCUUCGUGAAAAGGCACUGAAGAAGAAGGGAGGCCUUGCUGACGAUACUUCUUCUGUUAUGAGCUCUACAUUCUCGCUCGGUGACCCUAUUAACAAGUCCGUGGCAGGAGAUAACGAAUCUACCGUUUCCAAUGUCACAGAGAAAUUGAAAAAUACCGCUAUCAAAGAGGCAGAGAAUGAGGAUGAAGAUAUGGAAGAAAAGGAUGAAGAGGAGAAAACAGAAGAAUAUUCCUCGACAAAAUGUUUGUUUUGCACCGAAGAAGCCGGAGAUCUCCAGGCGAAUGUCGAGCACAUGUUCAAGGUUCAUGGAAUGUUCAUUCCGGAGAAGGAUUACCUGGCGGAUCUUGAUGGGCUUAUACGUUAUUUGCAUGCGAAGAUUAGUGAGAAUCACGAGUGUCUCCUUUGCCACGCUAUCAGGACCACUGCCGCCGGUAUCCGCACCCACAUGCGCGACAAGAGUCAUUGUAUGAUUGCCUUUGAGACCGAGGAAGAACAAGUAGAAAUCGGCCAGUUCUACGAUUUCCGAAGCACAUACUCUGAUGACGAGGAGGAGGAUGAGGAUAUAACAGAUGAUGCAGGUGGUGUACCCAUCACAAGCUCAGAUGCAGACGAAGCCGGCUGGGAAACAGACGACAGCUCCGUCGACUCUGAUCCACAGCAAAAACCCUUCCGCGGCUCUCAACCUAUUUAUCAAACAGAUUAUGAACUACAUCUACCGUCUGGCCGAAGUGUCGGCCAUCGAUCAUUGGCCAAAUACUACCGUCAAAAUCUACACAGCUAUCCUAGCCUGGAAGAACGGGCCGCUGCUCGCCAACUAGCUAUUGAGAACGGAACUGCAGACAAAGAUGGGGAAGGAGAGACUACAACAAUCAAACGCAAUGAGCAUAAAGCUAUCAUCUCUCGCGCAAAUGGAGGGUUGGGUCUGGUUGGGGCCUCUGCACAGCAAAGAACAGAGGCCCUUGAAAUUGAAAGGAGGGAACGGACUCGUGCUCAACGCGAGGAGCGGAAGAUCACUGCAAAGGUUAAUAGACAAGCUAAUAGCCAGAAACAUUUCAGGGAUCCACUCCUUCAAUGAUUAUUAUUGCCUUUUUUUUCGUUGCAUGGGAUGGUUAUUUUUGUAUAUAGCAAAUGAUGAAUGUUUUGUCUUUCAUGAAUACUUCCGAGACUUUGGCAUAUUGCAGCUUACUGUUUUGCAUAGAAUCAAGAGGAAAAAGGUGAUGUAGAUACAUGACAGGUUUGAAUGAUAAAAUGAUAUAUGGCUAUUCCA